AUGCUCAGGCAAUUGUGUAAACUGAGUGUCACCAACUUUACUAGAACUACCCAAAGAUCUCUCGCUUCAAGUUACAAUGACAAUGACACUUUCAAAUCAAACUCUGAUCCACAGCUGAAAGACGCAUCAUCAACAAAAGUUCCCCCACAUAAAGACGGUCUCUAUUUUGGGAAAUUCAGCGAGAAAGAGUACAAAGAAGCAGCAAGAGUGAUUAAAGAGCAAAUUGCAAAGUUGGAAGGAGAGAUUAAAGGAGAUCACAAUGUGAGAGAAAAUAUUGGGAAACUUCCCCAAUUUCCCGAACAAGGACCAGCUGCAUCCAAAGACUCAAUUAAAAACUUGACUGACUUUUUCAGACAGGCUAUCAAGUUGACCGGACCAAUAACUUUAAGUUCUUACAUGAGACAAUGCUUGACACAUCCUGAUUUUGGGUAUUAUACUACUCGAGACCCUCUUAAUUUAAAAACUGGAGAUUUCAUUACCAGCCCUGAAAUCUCAUCAGUGUUUGGUGAAAUGAUUGGAAUUUGGUACUAUACAAUUUGGCAAUCUCAAAAUCAACCAAAGAAUAUAAGAUUUAUUGAGUUUGGUCCUGGUAAAGGUACACUAAUUAGUGAUGUGAUGAAGACAUUCAAUACAUUUAUUCGAAAAGCUAGCAAUGUCAAGCCUGAUAUCGAAGUGGUGUUGAUUGAGGCAUCAAAAGUAUUACGAUUCGAGCAGUAUAAGCUUCUAUGCAAUAGUGAUGAGUAUGCAUUGGAAACUACCGAAGAAGGGUUUAAUAGAUCAACUACCAAAUGGGGCAAUGUAAUCACUUGGGUUGAUACUGAGAAAGACAUCAAACAAAAUGAGUCGCAAAAGCUUGCAAAUUAUGCCCUUGCGCAUGAGUUCUUUGAUGCAUUGCCAAUAAAGUCAUUCAUCAAAAAGGAGGAGGGCUGGCGUGAGUUGGUUGUUGAAGACACCCCAACAGUCCUUAAUACACAGCUCAAAUUGGAAAGCAAUGAGAAAAGCGACGACUCAUCUGAGACGCCAAAAGACCCCACUUUAGACACUCAAUUUCACUUGACGAUAUCACCAAAAGAAACACCUGCAUCAAUGAUUCCAAAGUUGAGCAAGAGGUACAAGGACUUGCCCGUUGAAUCUCGCAUUGAAAUUUGUCCAGAUGCAGAGCUAUAUACUUUGAAAAUUGCUCAGUUGAUUGAUAAUGUGAAUGGCUUGGGUGCGGCUUUGAUCAUUGACUAUGGUGUGGUGGAUCAGAUUCCAGAAAACUCUCUACGAGGAAUUUACAAACACAAGUUUGUGUCCCCAUUCUACAAACCGGGGGAAGUUGAUUUAUCCAUUGACGUUGACUUUACUAAUUUGAAGAGUCUUGCGGAAAAUGUGGUUUCUAUUGAAGGUCCCAUCAAUCAAGGAGAUUGGCUUCAUAACAUCGGCAUAGGCUACCGAAUUGAUCAAUUAUUGAAGCAAAACAGCAACAACGAUGAGAUCCAAGACAAGAUAUAUGGCGCGUACAAAAGAUUAACCGAUGAAGAUCAAAUGGGAAAAGUCUACAAGUUCAUGGCCCUUUUACCAAAAAAAGCAGAGAAGCCAGUAGGUUUUUAA